AUUACUUACCAUUGGAGGAUUUGGAUCUAUUAUGAAAGCAACUUGGAUUAAAAUAGGAACUUAUAUUAUUUAUAAAAAAUUAACUAAUUUACAAUCAAUUAAAGGUAAUAUAUUGGAUGCUUUUAUUCAUGAAUUGCAAAUUCAUCUGCGUGUUGAUUGUAGUGAUCGAAUUAUUCGUUGUUUUGGUAUUACUUCGGAUAUUUACAGUUAUGGUGUAUUGAUGUGGGAAAUUUCUAGUGGAGUUCCUCCAUUUAAGUAUUUAAAUAGUAGAAGUGAUCAUGAGAUACUUUGUAUUAAAAUUCCUAAUGGAUAUCGUGAAACUACUAUAGAAGGAACACCUGAAGAAUACAAGGAGCUGUAUGAAAAAUGUUGGAAUUCUAUACCCGAAAAAAGACCGAAUAUUAAAAAAGUAUUAGAAGAAUUUAAAAAAAUGGGUUAUGGAAUAGAUGAUAAAGAUAAUAUUCCUUAUGAGGAUUCAAUUUCUAUAAAAACUGAAACAAGUAUUAAAAAUAAUUCAACUGAAGAAAUAAAAACUAAUGAAUUAAACAGUCUUUUAGUUUCAUAUUCUGAUUUAAAUCUUUUAAGCCAACCUAUUAAUUCAAAAUUAGAUGACAAAGGCAAAAGAAAAUUAGAAGAUGAUAACAAAAGUGUUAAAAGAAGUAAAGUAUUCGAAAAUAAUGAUAAAAUUAAUUAA